CGAGGAGAAACUUCAGCACGACAUCACGUGCAAGGUCGCCUGUCGACGUCGAAUUCAUGGCAGACAUGCAGAGGAGAUUGCCUCUGCUGCUUCUCGUUGUGGUCGUCUUCCUCUUUGUCAUCUUCCUCCACGUGUGCUUGUCGUGCCGGCCGUGGAAGCAACGUCGCAAGCGCAGGGCGUCAACGAAAGGCGGUGUGCUUCAAGAGGGACGUCCCAUGGCGGGCAUGCAGGCACGCGCUGUUCCGCCUGCAGGUGAGGGCGGAAGAAAACCUGCGACGACGGAGCCUUCACGGCGGUACAACCCCUCCAUGUACAGCCAUCUGCCGUCGUGGGAGACGCCGCUGCCUCCCUCGGAUGAGGAGCCGGAGGGGGACGAACUUCCAACGUUUCCUCUCGGCAGCAGGUUGACGCAGCUGUUGUCGCAGACGGUGCUCGCAGGUGGGUCGGCAAGCAACGGACGCGGCGAGUACACGACACUCCUGCAGCAGGGCUUGGGAGACGACGACGGCGGGGGAGUUCAUCUUCGGUUCGGGUUGUGUUCUGGCGGCGGUAGGGAGGUGAGCCGCACGUUCAUCAUCGACGCCGAUCCUUCACCACGUGGCGUUCAACAAUCUGCAAGUCGGCAUACAGAGCAGUCCACACUUCGUGGCGGUGCGUCCGUUACUGGCGGUGUCAGGCCAUCGUCAGCAGGCCGGCAACAUGGAUCGAGUGCACCGUCCGGCGAUCGAUUGACAAGCACCUGCCCCGCACGCAAUGAAGUCGCAGUCGGGUCCCUGCGCAUCGGCGGUACACUUCAUUCGAUGCCCAAAACCACAACGCCGACCCAACCCGACCUCAGGGACGACGGCAUGCGCAGACCAGCGGUGCGUCCAGCACCCAGUGUGGAGAACAUCACACGAGGAAUGUCAAAUAUGCGGGCACACAGCGAUGGCGGCGACGACGAUGGUGGUGGCGGUGACGAUGCAGACGAACGAUUCGGGGAGGACGUGGAGGCAGGGGACGACGACGAUGACAUUCCUAUUCGGCCUUUGGGGAAGACGGGUGGGAGGGGUAGAGGACGCAACAGGGGCGCUGCUCGUGGUCGAUCCGUUGGCCGUGGGGGCAGAGGUGGCGUCAGCGAUGACGGCGGGAAGUCUGCGACGUACUGGUCCCCGGAAGAGCAAAUCCAACUGGUGAGAUGCAAGAGACCUUCUCCACGGGAGACAUAUUUUUCGCCAGGUCGGCCACACUUCCCGCUCGUCCGAUCACACUGCCAAGCUCGCCUGCAGAGGUCACCACGAAACAUGUCUACGCGAGGAAACACCCGUGGGAAGAAGCGCGACGUAGUCGUCGACGACAACCAAGGGCAAGGAAGAGGGCGGCGGCAGGCCCCGAAAGCGAAGAGGGUGUGUACGGAAGAUGCGUCAGCAAGGGUGCCUCGUCGUGGACCGCAAGGUUGGGCGGAGGCAGCAAAAGGGGACUAUGACGAUGAGUUCACGACGGAGGAGGAACAGGCGGAGGCAACAAUGUCUCAAGUGCGCGAGAGCGGUCGGCAGCGCUCUUCUGAUCACACCACUUCGAAGAGGAUGCAGACCCCUCCACCCGAGGCGCAGCAACUGCGUGGCCGUGAAACGCGGACAAAGAAGGCUCUCGUCGUCGAUCUUGGCGGCGAUGAUGAUGAGCCCUUGGAGAGACGUCGCAUUCGCAUUCAUACGACGGCGACCCCACCGCCGGAGGUGGUCAUGCGCGUUGCUGCAAACGAAAGGCCAGUCUCGGGUAGGCUGUCCGCCACGCCGUCUCAGCCACGUGAGCGCAAUGACACUGGUGAUGGAGGGUCCGUCCAACGUGGUGGCGGGGGGGAAGUCGUGGCAGACGCGCGAGCAGUUGGCGCCCAGGAGGCAGGUGCUGCGGGGGCGGGCGGUUCAGGCACUGUGGCCGCCGUUGUGACGGGGAGGGAGGAGGCAGCAGUUGCGGCGACGGCGAGAGAGGAGGCGCGUGGCGAGAGGAAAGGCAAUCGGGAGGCAGGCGAUCCCGGUUCAACGCCUGACGUCCCUCGGAGCGUCGUUCUGCCCAAAGCCAACACGCGCGUGGCCAGGAUCGUCGACCAAUCACAGUUGCAGCAAGCGAUCUCCCGUGCGGUGGCAGUGGAGAACGUUGCUCUUCGCAUCUUGCACGGAUGGGUAUUCAAGUCCGGAAAUCGGCCAAGGGGAUACCAUGUGGCUUUCCAGUACUCGCUGGAAUCCUUUGCGACGGACAUUGCGCGUGCCAUGUGGUACGAUCUGUCCAUGGACCUACCGCUUUGGUUCGCCGGCGCCAACAUCGAGGACAGACCAGAGGACGACGACAUGGCGGCGCACCAGGAGUCCACCGUCAUCCGCGUCGCGUAUGCAUUCCGCGCGGCCGUGCAAAUGGGGGCGCUCAUCGACGGCGAGUUCAUCUCGCACGAUCGUCUUUCUCGGGUGGAUGAUUGCUUCAGGCUGUUGUUGGCGGCGUGCAUGUGGAUAAUGCGCAUGGCGGGAGACGAUCCGCGCAGCCACUACGAGGCUUUCUACUUCGCGGACCUCGUGGCGAAGCCCACACUCGUCGUGGCCAUGCAUCGCUCCUUCGAUCAUCGACGAUCCGUCGUCCGCGCCGUGAAAGUCGUCACAGAGAGGCUAGGGAAGGCGACCGCUACGUUCGGACAGUACCCCAACUACAUACCUCAAUGGGCGCCCUACGGCAUUGCUUUCAAGCACGACGCGAGCAUAACGGGGACGGAGGAUGCAAAGAAGCUAGAUUGGUUGGGUUCCGGCCCCCCUGAUGAUGAUGACAACAACGACAGGAAAGAUGACACGUAGGGGCGGGGGGGGGGGGGUUGGGGCUGAUAGUUGGCUGGGGRGGAAGACAAAUGGGAUGGGAGCGGAGGUUUGGCUGCUUAUGUGGACUCGCGC